GCUAUAUGCAAAACUGACUCCUCUGAUGGUGGUCUAGCUAGCAGCUGGGGGGUACAGCGCUUGACCAUAAAUAUACCACACACUUCGCGCACUCCCAUCUGCAUUUAUCGUCUAGCAUAACCAUCAUCUUACAUCCGGCAGUUCGCUUCAUUGCCCUCGCCGCCUCGUAUCCGGCACUAAAUGGCUUCUCCAGAUACAGAUCCGACAUUUUCCCCACCAACCAUAAUCCGGCCCAUAUCAACCCACACGCACAGCCUAAUCCUCCUCCACGGCCGCGGCGACACCGGUCCCUCAUUCUCGCUCAUUGCGCAUGCAGCAACAUCGUCGAGACUGACCCUGCGACAUUCUCUACCGAAUUUCAAAUUCAUCUUCCCUACCGCGCUCUCCCUGCACUCCACCCCGGUCCGCCGACCUAUGAAUCAAUGGUUCGAUUACCUAGGCCCACAUGCCCCAUAUUCACGACCAGAUCUUCAAGCCUAUGGCCUAAGGCGCACUACGGCGAUGCUACAUGAACUGGUUACAGCAGAGGCUGAAAAGGUGGGCUUAGAGAAUGUCUUUGUUGGGGGCUUGAGCCAGGGGUGUGCAGCCGCGCUCGUGGGAUGUAUGACGUUAGAGGGUCGGAUCGGUGGUUUUGUGGGCAUGAGUGGAUUUCUGCCGCUUGCGGUGGACUUCGAGGGAAUUGACGCCCAAGGAAGGGAGAAGGGGCAUAUCGCUGUGAAGAAAGUGAAGGAGAUUGCUUGCGUGCACGACAAACAGGGUGAAGCUUGUGACGUCGGGGCGUUCAUGGAUACUCCUGUAUUUCUGGGGCACGGCACGGCGGAUUUUGUUGUUAAGAUGAAGCAUGGCGAAAAGGCGAGGGACUUGCUUAUCGAUUUCGGAUGCGAUGUGACAUGGAAAUCGUACCAGGAAUUUGGACACUGGUACAAGGAGCCGGAUGAGAUCGACGACAUUCUGGCUUUUUUCAAAGGUGUCAUCGAAGGUCAAAACGAACAGGAGAUCGAACAUGCAUAGGAGGGGCAUUGAAUUUGCUGUCUGUAUGCCUCCGUUAACUCAUACUAUAGAAUUGCGACGUAUUGAACGACAAUGGGUAUAUUAUCUACGUGAUGAACAGAAAAAUCAUUGACACCACCACUUCAGCCCAGUGAUUGACCAGAAGGUAGAUAUGAGCCGCUAGAAGGGCUAAAUACCCUAUGCACAGUAAAGACAGAGACGAAACG